AUUUUCCCGCCAAAAAUAGAUGCUUUAACAUAAUUUUUUAGCUAAUUUAGUUGACAUUAUAAAAUUCCCUAGAUAAGAAAAUAAAAAUUAAUAUAUAAUUUACAAGAACAUAAUAACAAUUAAGUACGUAAUAAUACAUUAAAUAUUAUUCAUAUAUAUAAAUUAAUUAUAAAAAAUAUUUUUCGUAAAAAAAAUCUAUCUGAUAUUUGAUAUUUCAUUAAUGAAUAUAUUUAAUAAUACCAAUAUAAUCUACGAUUACGAUUUUAAACUUUUAAUAAUUUUAUCGUGUUAUUUUUUUAUUCUAUCGUUUUAAACAUAAAAAAAAAUAUUUUUAAGUAUUUUAAGAUCAUAUAAGUAAUUCAUUUGAAUUUAGUAUUAAUUGUAUAUAUCUUUUAAAUAUAUGUGAAAAAAUAUUGUUUAAUUAAUAAACAUCAUUAUUUUUAUUUAAAAAAAAUUCUAUUUUCGUUGAUAUAUUAAAAUCAAACAAAAUAUAUAUUUUAUAUAUAUAUUUCUACAAGCAUUAUUUUAUAAACGGAAAUUGAGUGGAAUUUUUGCAGACAUUGAAAAGUCCGUAGUUCCGGGACGAACCGGUUGGUAGCUCUGAUAGCUAUGCAAGAGGAGAGAAAGAGGUGCGGUGUUGCGUGACUGAUUGCGAGGCCGAGCGUGUGUGUUUGUUGUGUUGUACGAAAUUUUUAUUCUCUUUUUGGAAAAAAGAAACGUUCGCUUUUUUUCGGAAAGACCGUACGUUUUGAAGAGAAAAUUAUGUCGUCGUACAUCCAAGUUGCCGAAGAUGAAGGCGAUGAACCGAUCGAAUUGCCAACGGAAGACGAUAGUACACUUUUAUUGACUACCGUAACCGCCCAGUUUCCCGGAACGUGUGGCCUGAAAUAUCGCAAUCCAGAAUCUCGGACGAUGCGCGGCAUUCGUCUUGUUGACGGACGUCUUCAUCCGCCCGAAAAUGGAUGGGGCAAGGCAAUUUACUUUUGUGUUUUUCCAAAAGAGAACAAACGUAAAUCUGAUGACAAUUUGGAAAAUUCCACAGCUAAGACUAAAAGAAUGGAAACAAAGUUGCGUUGCACAGACUUGAUCGUACUUGGUUUACCAUGGAAAACAACCGAGCAGAACUUGCGAGAGUAUUUUGAAACAUUUGGAGAAGUACUCAUGGCACAAGUUAAAAAAGAUGCAAAAUCAGGACAAAGCAAAGGAUUUGGCUUUAUUAGAUUUGGAAGUUAUGAAUCCCAAUUAAGAUGUCUUGCUCAACGACAUAUGAUUGAUGGGCGAUGGUGUGAUGUUAAGGUUCCCAACAGUAAGGAGGGAAUGAUUCAGCAAGUACCCUGCAAGGUAUUCGUGGGACGCUGUACAGAAGACCUAACUGCUGAUGAUCUGCGCGACUAUUUCUCCAAAUAUGGCGAAGUGACGGACGUGUUCAUCCCAAAACCUUUCCGUGCAUUUUCAUUUGUUACUUUCUUAGAUCCCGAGGUAGCCCAGUCCCUGUGCGGCGAGGAUCACAUUAUUAAAGGAGUGUCUGUACACGUGUCGAAUGCUGCGCCUAAAUCUGAGGGGAACAAUAAGAAUUUCAAUAAUCAAGUGAACUCGAAUAUGCGUAGAGGCGCCCCAGGUCCCGUCGAGAAUAACGUGCAGGGAAACUAUCAGGGUAACCGAUACAUGGGCCAUUCAGGUAAUAAUAUGGGUCCAAAUGGGUGGAACAAUCCAGGGAAUCGAGGCAAUUUGGAUAUGCCUAACCUUCAAGCAUUGGGCAUUACUGGGCAGAAUAAUGGCGGCGGCGGCGGUGGUGGUAUGUCGAAUCCACUGGCAAUGGGAGGUCUGAAUUUAUCUGCAUUACCAGUCAACCCGGCUCUGGUUGCAGCUGCAUUGAACCAAGCAUCUUGGGGUUUGAUCGGUAACUUGCAGAAUCAGGGAAACGAUCAGGGCUAUUCGAACCAGCCUGGCCCACCUGGUCAGCCACCUUCAGGCAACAAUAGUAUCGGUAACAGUGGAAACUCUGGCUUUCUCAGUUGGAUGAAUCAAGGGGGUGGUGAUGGUAAUACUGGCAAUCCUGGAACAGGUGGUCCAGGCCCGAAUAAUCCGAACGCAUCCCAAGGUGCUUGGCAGAAUCAUCCUGGACAGCGUGAUCAGAAAUCGAACACCUUUCUCAAGUACGAAUAAGCAGCAUGGAGGGUCCCAGUGUAAUUGUGGAAAGUGAAGAAUUCGUUCCUUUGAUCCUGAUACACAUUAACUACAGUGGCAAGAGUCUAGACAAGUGUAUGUAGGUACAAAAUAUUAAUUUUUUCAUUCGUAUAAUGACAGAACCAAAGCCCUUGUCGAUGGGGAAAAGAGUUUUGUAAAUUUUUUCUAUUCUUUUCAUCCCAUGAAAAGAACAGAGAAAAAUAGAAUAUUUCUCGUUCUUUUUUUUUUAUAUUAUUACUAUUAUUACUAUUACUAUUAUUACUACUACUACUACUACUACUACUACUAUUACUACUACUACUACUAUUACUACUACUACUACUACUACUACUACUACUACUACUACUACUACUACUACUAUUAUUAUUAUUAUUAUUAUUAUUAUUAUUAUUAUUAUUAUUAUUAUUAUUAUUAUUAUUAUUAUUAUUAUUAUUAUUAUUAUUAUUAUUCAAUUUCAUUUAAUUAUAUUAAUUGUAAUGAUUAAAUUUAAAGUAGCAUGCUCCAUGAAUGUAGCAAUAAAUAAACAGAAAGAAUUUUUUUUCAUCUUACACGUUAUGUGAGAUAUAAAAAAGAUAUGUAUGUUUAUCUGAUCUUGUCUCUCUCUAUCUCUAUUUUCUCUGGUUUAUUCAAGAAUUAGCAAAAUAUUCUUCAAGUACAUGUUUUAGAAAGGAUAGCUUCGAUCCAUCUGCACCUGCAUACUAAUUGUAUGAUCUCAUUUCAAACGUGCGGUUUAAUCAAUUCAGAAAUAAUAUGUAAUAAACUAAAAUAAUGAAAUGAUAAUGAAGAUAGUGAUGAUAUGUUUUAAUGAUAUGAUAAUGCUAAGGAUGAAGUUAAGAUUGAAAUUAAGAUUGAGAUUAAUUAUGACAUCCAAGGUGGGGCAAUAAUUUUGACUAUUUUUAAUUUACCUAUUCUUGGAAGUAUUGAGAAAUUUUGUUGCAAAAGUUGUAUAGUAUGAUAUGAUAUUCGCUUUUUUUAAUAAUUAAUUGAUUAUCAAAAAUUUUUAUUUUUUUAAAUUAGUUGUAUUGUUUUAUUUCAGAUAAAUAAUGGAUGCUUAGACGAUUUUAAUGACCUAUAAUAUAAAAUUAUUCGACAAUAAAUAAUGAAAUAAAAUUAUAAAUGUCAGAUUAUGUAUAUUUGAAUUUUACAAUUCAUAAUGUUAAAAUUAUUGGAUAUUUGAAAUUCAAUAUUUGAUAUUUGAUAUUUAAAAAUUCUUUAUUGAUCAAUAUACUCCAAUAAAUCUUUAUUUUAUGUUAUAUUGUUUCUGUUUUUAUCAUAAUAUAUAUAUAUAUAUAUAUAUAUAUAUAUAUAUAUAUAUAAUUUUUAUGAUGCGAAACGAGAUAUAAGAAUAAUAAAAAAUGUAAAUAAGUAUAAAAUAGUAAGUAAAAUAAUAGAAAAUUUAAAUAAUACAGAAUAUCAAUUUAUGUAAAUAGUAAUACAUAUUGUUAGGGAAUUUUUUGCAUUAAUAUAUUAAUAUUAAUAGAUUUUUUUUAGAUUUUUUUAUAUUUAUCCAAUAAUUUAUUAAGUUAUGUUUCAAAAAAAUAUGGAAAAAUUCAAAGAAAUUAAAAAAAGAUUAAACUACGUUAAAAGAUAUCUUUCUUUAUACCAGAAAAAAUCAAUAUUAUGAAAAAAUAUAGAAAAAAACUUGCUAUAAUUAACGAUAGUAAAAAUAAUCCGAAAAUUUUUAAUGUUAUACAAAUAUAUAUUGCUUUGAGUAAUUUUUAUAAUCUAUAUUAUAAAGCUAAAGAUAUUUUUUUUUAUUAUUAUUAAAUAAACUUUUUAUAUUAAAGGUCGUUAAAAUAUCUAAAUAUCUGUAUGUCUUUUUUAUUAAGAAUAAAAAAUAUAUAGAUAGUUAUAAAGAAAAUAAUUUUCUGUCAUUUAUCGAUACUUGAUUUAUAAAAUUUUUAUACAAUAUUUCUCCAUGUUUUUAAUAGCGGAAAUAUUUAAAAUGAUCAAGAUUACUGCCUUAUCAUAUAUAUAUAUAUAUAUAUAUCAUAUGAUGAUUGUGAAUAUAAUUUAGAAGAACUAGAUUUAUUGUAGCGCAAUACAUAUAUAUGCUUAUGUUUUUUUAAAGUUUCAUGUCGUAUGUUUAAAUGUGUAAUUGAGAAUUAAUUGAAGAGAUAUUACACAAAAAUUGUUUAUUGAAUACGAAAAUCAUUAAUUUCGAUCUUUAUUUUAUUUUUUUGGUGGUAUAAAAAUGGUAUUAAAUAAUAUUUCAUAUAAAGUGAUCCGUGAUAUUAUAUAAUAUUAAUGUGCAUCAAUGUCAUCAAUAGAAACAUUUUAAUUGAAUCAUUAACAAUCAUAAAUUUUACAACUGUGAUAUAAUUGACUUUCAUGAUCAUAAAGAAGAAAUAAUUAAGAAAGAAUAAUCAAUAUGAAGAAUUAAUUUAAUUUCUUUCUUUUUUUUUUUUAUUUUAUUUAUUUUUUGUGUUUGUUUGUAUAAAUACAUAACAUGUCUCUUACUUCAAAAUAAAUUUCAAAUUUUGUUCCACAUGUAGAAAAAAAUAUUAAAAUUAUAUAUAUUAAAAUAUUAGAUAUUAUUUCAUUGAACAAAGUUUUAAAGAGACAAGAAAAACAUAUCUUAUUUUCGGAAAUUUUUUUCAAUAAUGCAUUAAUGUAUUUAUUUUUAUGCAUGCUCUCUUCAUACAAAUACACAAUUUAAUUUUAUAUAGUCUUUAUUACAAACAAAAUAUAAACAGGUAUAUAUAUUUAAUCUACCAGCUAAAACUUUCUUCCAGGGGACCCUUUCUUUAUUUAAUGAGCAAUACAAUAUAUUUACGAUAAUAAUAAGUGUAAUGUUCGGUUUUUUAUGUAAGAAAUCAUGAAUAUAUAAAAAUGGAAAUUUGAAAUUACAGUUGCGUACAGAUUGAUCGUAGCUACUCCAACAUUAUAAAUUUAUAAAUAUAUUUCGCCCUAAAAGAUAAAGAGAAGAGAAAAAACAAAAGGAAAAUAAAAAAAGGAGAAGAAAACAUUUCUAAUGCACGAACGAUUUAUGUAAGAUAUGUCUUUUACAUUGGGUAUGAUAGGUGUGUAAAAAGAUUUCAUUAAUGAUUGCGUGUGAAAGGUGAUAUAAUCUUUUCGACUUUCCAUUUUUUUUUCACUUCACAUUAAAACUUUUAAUAUUAUAAGAUUUUAGAGCAUUUUUACACUAAAAAUUAAAUUCUUUAAAUUAUUUGGAGCAAAGAAUAAUUUUAUAAAUUAAAAAUCGAGUAUUUGUUUCCCAAAAAUCAGAUUUAAAAAUAAAGAAAAAAAAUAAUUUCAUUCACAUUGUAUGAAUUGUAGUCAAUAAACUCUUGCAUAAAUGAAGUUCUAAAAGAAAAAAAAGAUAAAAAUAAUUUACAAUCUAAUUAUAAUAUUAACUGUAUGCUGCAAUGAAAUUAAUUUUCGAUAGAUUAUUUUCAAAUUAAUAAUUGUGAAUAUACAUUAAAAAACUGAACAAAUUUUUUUAUGGGAAAGAUAGAAUUGUACUAUUAUAUUUUCUAUAACGUUAUUAUUAUAGAAUAUUUUUAAUUUGAUUUACUUACAUUUUUACUAAUUACUAUUCGAUACUGCAAGUUUCAUCAAUAAAUAUACAUUAUGGUUAUAUAUAGAAUAUAAAACCAUAUAAAAAAUGAUAAAGUAUGCCUCUUGGAAUGUUUAAUCAAACUUUCUAAAUGUGUACUUCUAAUUGUAAAGUUCUUUAAUUGUAACAAAUAUUAUGUAAACGUAAAUUUUCAAGUUGGGGCUUGUAUGAAAGAUUUUAAGAACAAAAAAAUAAUGUAUGUGCUUUAAAAUCUCUUGGAAAUAAAUGUAAUUUAAUGAUUAUUACUUAGCAUGCUAUAUUUUAAAAGGCUCUAACUUGAUCUAGAAAUUUAUGUAAUUUUCUAGAUAUGUAACAUUUAUUCAUAUUUACAUUAUUUUAUAAUUACAAUUAGUAGUAUGUCAGUAUAAUUUGAAAACAGAAAUAUUUAAGAGAUAGCCUAUUUUUUUAUGCUUCUUCUUAAAAGUGUAAAAAAAAAAAGAAAAAAAAGCAAUUUCUUUUAAUCGAUUAAAGAUCAUUGUUUUCUUUUUGCUUUGAUUUAACGGAUUAAGAUGAGUAUUAUUAUUAUAAUCACCAAUUAGAUUGGAUUGUUUUACCUCACAUGUCUCUCUAUGUAUGUAUGACUACGGUCGAAUGUAUUUGUUAAUGGUCGUCUAAGAACUACAGGCAUGAAAGUUUAAUUGAGAAGUGAUUUCUUACUCUUUCCCGAUUACAUAUAGCAUAUAAGCAUAUAAAUUAAUUAAUAUGUAUAUGCGUUUGAUUAAAGAGAAAAUAAUGUGUUGAUAAUGAUGAGUGAACAUAUAUCAACAAUUGUGAGAUGAGCGUAAUUAAUUAAUUAUGAGGAGAAAAAAAGGAAAAAAAUAAUAUUUUAUGGAUGGGAUACAAUUUAUUGAAUGCCUGAUACUAUAUAGAUAAAUAUAUAUAUAUAGAUAUAUAUAUAAUACAUAUAUAAAUAUAUAUAUCUUUAUUGAAAUCCAGAAUGUUUAUACAUAAUGUAAAGAGAGCAUUGAUGGAAAGUGCGUAGAAGUUUAUUUAUUGACGUCCUGCUGUAAAUGAUAAUCGAUAUAUAAAGACUGUAGUUUAAGACAACUUUUAACAGACAUUAGAACCGUUUCUAGCUCAUUAUUAUAGCCAGUCGAUCUAUUUCAAAUCGUUCGCUAUACACCAUGAGAAUAUUUAUUCAAUUAUUUUGAAAUAUAUAAAAUUUAUUUAUAAUUAAUAAAUGUGAACUGAUAUUUAAGAAUGAAAGUAAUUUAACUCUGUAGCAUUAUUGCAAAGUGAUUAUUCAUCAUAAAUUUAUGAAUCGGUUAAAUCCAACUGUAUUGCUCAAAAGAUGCCUUGCGAAACGAUUUGAAAAUGAUCUACGAUACAAGUGUGUAAAUAAUACAUAAGAAGCAUUAAUGUCGUUCGUGAACGUUUACGAGUUUUGUUGUAGACAAUUCUCUAUUGUAAAUUAUAAUAAUUGAGAUUGCGUUUCAAAUGAGAAUAUUAAGAGUGAUAAUAAUGAUGGUGAUGAUGGUGAUAGUGAUAAUGAUGAUGAUGAUGAUGAUGAUGAUGAUGAUGAUUAUGAUUAUGAUGAUUAUGAUAAUAAAUAUGAUAAUGAUUAUGAUGACGACGAUGACGACGACGACGACGACGACGACGAUGAUGAUGAUGAUGAUGAUGAUGAUGAUUAUGAUGAUGAUGAUGAUGAUGAUGAUGAUGAUGAUGAUGAUGAUGAUGAUGAUGAUGAUGAUGAUGAUGAUUAUGAUUAUGAUGAUGAUGAUGAUGAUGAUGAUGAUGAUGAUGAUGAUGAUGAUGAUGAUGAUGAUGAUGAUGAUGACGACGACGACGAUGAUAAUGAUGAUGGUGGUGAUGGUGAUGAUGAUGAUAACGAUGAUGAUAAUGAUGACAACGACGACGACGAUCAAACAACAUCAAAGUUUUGUCAUGUGAGAAUGUUAUUUUGAUAGGUAGCAAAGAUUGAUUCUUAUUACGUAAAUUCAUUACAGGAUGAUUAAAAACUAA